AUGCGUCUCGUUAUAUCUUUUUCUGGGGCUUCUCUAUUUGAGCAUCUUAAUGCUUCUUUCUCUCAGGACCCGGACGCCGAAGCGUUUCUUGCUCGCUUCUACAAAUUCACUCCUGGCUUACCGAGUAGUACUUCUGUGGCAUCACAGAAUGGGAAGAGGCCACUUGCCAGUCCACACCUCGACAAUGAGCCUCCUGCCAAACGUGUUCAUACAGAGAAACCCGUGUCUGCACCACGCGCUAUCAAUUCUUCUAGUUCCAAAAAGUCCUAUCCCAAACCGGAAAAAGCCUCACCAUCUGUUUCACAUCGGAAACCAGUACCACAGCAAGUCCCUACACCUGCAACAACUGCUGAGAACACUAACGAAACGCCUACGCCCUCCCAGCGAGUCAGUUCUCUACGUUUAAGAAUACGGAAGGGCAAAGAUGGAUUGAACGUUUCAUCAGCUCCAACUCCACCUCCGUCAGAUCUCUCACCUGUGCUUGGCUCUUUUGCGGAAGUUAGCACACCCUCGAUCAACGACCCACUACGAAUAACGAUUAAGCAACUCCCCAGCACCUGCACUACGGUUGGCAACCAUGCGGAUUCUCGAGCUGCUCCCGUGUUCUCUGUGACGACUACUACGGUCACUCCAGCUCCUCCCACCACUCUGAUGGGAGUUUGUGUGAAAUACCCGCCUUCGUCUUGCAAAAAAUCCACUGCAGUCGUCACACCUCUUCGAAGGGACGAAGCUCCUCCUUGUCCGAAGGAUGAGCGUGUCAGUUUAUCGGCCUCUAGUGACGAUUACGAAGAGACCAGGUCGACGGAUCUUGAACGAAUUGGUACUCAUCCUCUGAAACAACUUGAGUCACACGUUUUACGACGUGCUCACAGACAGCGCACUACUGGAAAAGGGAAAGAGGUAGAAAUACCGAAGGCUUCCCUUAGUGAUGAUACUGCUUGCCAGAAAACAAUUUGUACUCCCUCGGAUACAACUAAAGCAGAGGAGCCCGCUCGCAACUCCCCGAAGCGUACGUCACCCGUGUUGCCUCAUGCUGGGUGAGCACUGAUACCGUUUUGCAUUUCGAGACUAUUUUCUGCCGUCAUAUAUUUUACCACACUGCCUGAGCUAACAAACUGUUUCUUUACGCACUCUGAUCAAGCACCAUCCUUCUCCAUCCUUUUGGAUGCACACUUUGGCAAUUUAUCUUAGGAUAAUCGGAU